CCAUUGUUCCCAUCGUAUCUAUAAAUGCCCUAAGGCAUCAACCCCUGUUUCAUCAAUAAGCUUUCAUCACAAUGGCUCUCAAGGCUUCAGCUCUUUGUACCCUAUCUAUUCUCGUAAUCCUCUUUUCUCCUUCUUUUGCUACCUUUCCUAAUCCUGCCUCCGUUUUUAACUCCGAAUCGAUUUGCAAGCUCACCCCACAUGCUGAUUUCUGCAAAUCUAUUUUACCCUCCGAUAAGUUCGCUACCAUUUUUUACUUCAGCAAGGUUUCGAUGCAACAAUCGUUGUUGAAUGCUCAUAGCUUUCUUGGUGCUAUCAAGUAUUUCCUCAGACUGCCAUCGACUUCGUUCCUCAGCACCAUUCGGGCACUCCAGGAUUGCCAGUUUCUAGCUGAGCUUAAUGUAGAUUUCUUAUCGUACACGUUACAAAGAAUCAAAUCCGACGGUCUCGAUACCUUCCUGGCUGAUGAUUUGCAUGCGUUGCUUAGUGCUGUUUUAACGAAUGUGCAAACUUGUAUCGAAGGGCUUGAAGCUACACCGUCGGCUUCGAGCAUUAAAAAUGGCUUAUUGCCAUCUAUUUCUAAUGGAACAAAUUUCCUCAGUGUGUCUCUUGCACUUUUCAGGCACGGUUGGGUUCAUGGAUUAAUUAAAUCUCUAACAGGAAGAAACCAUGUGUUUUCCAAUUUGGUAAAUGGCAGGGACUCUCCUUUGCCUUUAAUAAUGUCGGACCAUGAUCGAGCAGUUUACGAAUCCGCAAGCCAGCAGAAGCAUGUUCGAGCAGAUGAGGAAGGGAAGGACAAAGGGGUUUCCGUGAGUCAAGUAGUGGUUGUAAAUCCUGAUGGAAGUGGCAACUUCACCACUAUCAACGAAGCAGUGGCCGCUGCACCGAAUAAUACUGGGGAUAGCAACAGAUACUUUUUGAUUUACGUGGUCGCGGGUGUCUACGAAGAGUAUGUUUCCAUACCUAAGAAGAAGCAGAAUGUGAUGAUGAUUGGUGACGGUAUAAACAAGACGAUAAUCACUGGAAACCGCAACUUUGUUGAUGGAUCAACCACAUUCAACUCUGCAACAUUUGCUGUUGUUGGUAAGGGAUUUGUUGCGGUCAACAUUACAUUUCGUAACACGGCCGGACCUAGCAAACACCAAGCUGUCGCGGUUCGAAAUGGAGCCGAUAUGUCCACAUUCUACCGAUGUAGCUUCGAAGGCUACCAAGACACUUUAUAUGCUCACUCCCUGAGGCAAUUUUACAAAGAAUGCGACAUUUACGGCACAGUAGACUUCAUAUUUGGCAAUGCAGCCGUGGUCCUCCAAAACUGCAACAUAUAUCCUCGACUACCAAUGCCAAACCAAUUCAACACCAUCACCGCACAAGGAAGAACCGAUCCUAACCAAAACACAGGCAUAUCAAUUCACCACUGUGUCAUUAGACCCGCUGACGAUCUCGCCUCGAGCAACGGGAUGACAAAAACAUACUUUGGAAGGCCAUGGAAGGAGUAUUCGAGGACUGUUUACAUGCAAAGUUUCAUGGACAGUCUGAUCGAACCGUCAGGUUGGAGUGAAUGGGCUGGGAAUUUUGCCUUGGAUACAUUGUACUAUGCUGAAUACAAGAACAUGGGUCCAGGGUCCAACACUGGUUCCAGGGUUCAAUGGAAUGGUUACCAUAAGGAUAUAAGCGAGAGUGAAGCUGAUAAAUUCACUGUCUCCAACUUCAUAGAUGGUGAUAACUGGUUGCCUGCAACUGGAGUUCCUUUUCAUGGGGGAUUGUUUUGAUUUUCGAGCACUUUAAUUAAAUUUUCAACUUUGUUCUUAAUUUGUCUGUUGUAUUUUUGUUGUUACUUGAAAUUUUGAAUUUGAAUAUUAUUUGAAAAUAAAAGUUUGUAAUGAUAAAAAUAAAUUAGUUUAUCAAAUUCAUAAACACUAUACUAAUUUCAAUUUUAUUAUCAAA